GCGUUCCUCCAUGGAUUUUUCGGAAAGGACGCCGUGCGAUUUGGUGUAUCAUUUGGUGGAUUUUCGUUUUUAUGGAAGCUUAUCAAUAAUGGGUUGCGAUAUGUCAGAAAGAAAGACGAUCAUUGGAAUGGAUUUGUUGCAGGUUCCAUUGCUGGUAUUUCCAUAUUGGCAGAAAAACGAGAGAGACGAAUCUCUAUCGCGCAACAGUUAUUUGUUCGCGCGUUACAAGCUCUUUACAAUGCGGGCCACGCGCGUGAAUAUUUUCGAAUCCCUCAUGGAGACGCCUUACUUUUUAUCUUAACGACUGCACAAGUUCUUUAUGCUUAUACGAUGCGACCUAACACCAUACCAAAAGACUUUUUGAACUUUAUGAUAAUAACAGCACGCGUUCCAAAGAAAACAUUGGAUAUGAAUUUCAACUUGAGACGAAACUUGACUUUGAAUAAGGAAGACGCGAUUAACCUUGUUAAAUCAUUAAAAGGAACGAAAAAUGCCCUCGAGGUAGCCUAUAAUUUAUCCCCGCGACCAGUUACAAUUCCUUGCGAACUAGUACAUCCGAAAUUUGAUUCAUGUGUAUAUACAAAUAUUGAACGAUUUUAUCAAGUUUUUCGAAGGAUUGCACCAGUAUACGCCACACUUAAUUUCGUUCCAAUGAUAGCAUUCAAAUUCCAGCAACUUGCCAAAGAUCCCACGGCACUUAUUCGAAAAAGUACCUUCAACACGAUACGAUCAAGCACCUUUCUAGCCACUUUCGUAGCAAGUUACCAGUCUCACAUAUGCCUUCAUCGUAAUAUCAUCAAAUAUUUCAAUGUAAAGUGGGAUUCUAAAUAUUUAUACUGGUGGGCCGGAUUUAGUUCAGCACUCGCCAUUUUCAUUGAACAUAAAAACCGAAGGGCAGAUUUAGCUUUAUACGUAUUACCAAAGGCCGCAGAAUCUUGGUACAAGAUCAUGUGUCAAAAAAAUUGGAUAUUUGAAUUACAUCGAACGGCAGAUGUAUGGUUCUUUUCCGUGGCCAUGGGUAUAAUCAUGACUGCAUAUCAACACGAACCUGAGUCCUUAAGUCCAAUGGUUAACACCAUUCUACGAAAAUUUUUCGAUAAAGACUUUGAUUUAAAUAAUGAGACCAAAUUAUGGCUACAAUUUUUGUAUACUGUAUAUUCUUGGAUUUUGAUCGCAGUUUUCUUGGUGAUUACCACAUAUUUAUUUUAUCAUCGUCGGAAACAAAUCAAAGACAUGGUGAUUUAUAAUGGAUUUUAUAAAGAUACAUUUCCUUGCUACGUUAUAUUGUGGAACGUUUAUUUAUCUGUUGUAAUAUACCUGUUAGUAAUUGUUAUUCGUGGAUUACGUCUGAUAUUUUUAGCACAACCAAGUUACGCGGUGUUAGAUGCAACUUGGAGAACAAAUACCUACUCUAAUGUUGGAACAAUUUCUUUAGAUGAAUUCUCCACCAAGGAUCCAAAAAAAGAAUGUACAUUACAGUCAUGUGAUCACGAUCCUCAUUCCGAUUAUACGGUCAUACGAUCAAUGAGAGAAGAACGAUGGGUGAGAUUUUCACAAGUUCUUGGAGAUGAAUAUCAAUUUUUAAAAAGAAGAAUCCUUAGAUAUUAUUAUUAUGAAUCUAUCGAAAUCGAUAAUCUUUUGUUAAACGACAAUGCAGCGAUUUCUCAAGAUAUUUGUACACCUUGGGAUACCAAGACAUUUUUCUUUAGAUUUUUUCGCAUAUUUUUGGUCCCUUCGGCGGAUUUAGCAGUUAACGUGAUAGAUUCAACGGUACGAAACGUUACCGCAAAAGUCAAUACGGAAGAUUAUAGAUUAGAAACCGCGAAAGAAGAAGUAUUAUAUUUGUUAUAUGGACCGGACAUGAGAUGUGAAGUCGUUUAUGGACAGGACGAAAAGAAUCCCCUAUGUUUCUGUGUAGAAGACGUUAAACGAAAGUUAAAGACCAUGUGUCUGGUAAUUGAUGGCGAUGAAGCAAUGCGAUGCGAACACAUAUCGUCAAUUUUGCAUGCAUCAGUUAUUGUCUUUUUAAAAAUUUCCCCAAUAUUGAUGCUGGUCGUGUGGAUUAUGCAAUUAAAAAGAUCAUAG